CCGGAGUUGCGGAGAACGCUCCGGCGGAGGAAGUAGCGCGGGCCUUGACCGGCGUCGGCCGCCGCCGCCGCUGCCGUCCCGCCAGGGUCCGUUCCCUCUGGUCCGGCCUGACCCAGUCCGGCCCGCCCGGACUCAGCGGCCGAGGGACCGCGGCCCCCGAUGGAAAUCAUAUGACAGAAUAUUUGGGCGACAUCUUUCUGAAAGAUCUUCAAGGAUUACAGAAGACAAAAACACUAAUGUAUUUGAGAAAGUGGUAAAGAUUGGGGGGAGGGGAAAAAACUCUGCUUUCCUGAUUUGCAACUUGGCUGGAUGCUAAGAUGUCUGUGGACAUGAAUAGCCAGGGGUCUGACAGCAAUGAAGAGGACUAUGACCCAAAUUGUGAAGAGGAGGAAGAGGACGAGGACCCUGGGGACAUAGAGGACUAUUAUGUGGGAGUAGCCAGCGAUGUGGAGCAGCAGGGGGCUGAUGCCUUUGAUCCUGAGGAGUACCAGUUUACUUGCCUGACCUACAAGGAGUCCGAGGGUGCUCUCAAUGAGCAUAUGACCAGCUUAGCCUCUGUCCUAAAGGCCGUUGAUGCUCACUGCCAUCAGCUGCAUCCUCCCUAUGGCACUGGUGUCUCAUUCAGUUGCUAAACUUAUAUUAGUUAAUUUCCACUGGCAAGUUGCAGAGAUACUGGACAGAUACAAAUCUAAUUCUGCUCAGCUGCUCGUUGACGCCCGAGUUCAGCCCAGUCCUUCCAAGCACGUCCCCACAGCGCACCCCCCUCACCACUGCGCAGUGUGUAUGCAGUUUGUGCGGAAGGAAAACCUCCUCUCUCUGGCCUGUCAGCACCAGUUCUGCCGCAGCUGCUGGGAGCAGCACUGCUCCGUACUUGUCAAAGAUGGCGUGGGUGUGGGAGUCUCGUGCAUGGCUCAGGACUGCCCGCUUCGAACCCCAGAGGACUUCGUGUUUCCGUUACUGCCCAAUGAGGAACUGAGAGACAAAUACAGGCGCUACCUCUUCAGGGACUAUGUGGAGAGUCAUUAUCAGCUUCAGCUGUGCCCCGGUGCAGACUGCCCCAUGGUCAUCCAGGUACAAGAGCCCAGAGCUCGCCGAGUCCAGUGCAAUCGGUGCAACGAGGUCUUCUGUUUCAAGUGCCGGCAGAUGUAUCACGCCCCCACAGACUGCGCCACAAUCCGGAAAUGGCUCACGAAGUGUGCAGACGACUCUGAGACGGCCAACUACAUUAGUGCCCACACUAAAGACUGUCCCAAGUGCAACAUCUGCAUUGAGAAGAACGGAGGCUGCAAUCACAUGCAAUGCUCCAAGUGCAAACACGACUUCUGCUGGAUGUGUCUAGGGGACUGGAAGACCCAUGGCAGCGAGUACUAUGAGUGCAGCCGGUACAAGGAGAACCCCGACAUCGUCAACCAGAGCCAGCAGGCCCAAGCCAGGGAGGCCCUCAAGAAGUACUUGUUCUACUUUGAGAGGUGGGAGAACCACAACAAGAGCUUGCAGCUGGAGGCACAGACGUACCAGCGGAUUCAUGAGAAGAUCCAGGAGAGGGUCAUGAACAACCUGGGCACGUGGAUUGACUGGCAGUACCUACAGAACGCUGCCAAGCUCUUGGCCAAGUGCCGAUACACCCUGCAGUACACGUACCCGUAUGCGUACUACAUGGAUUCGGGCCCCAGGAAGAAGCUGUUCGAAUACCAGCAGGCUCAGCUGGAGGCCGAGAUCGAAAACCUGUCAUGGAAAGUGGAGCGUGCGGACAGCUACGACAGAGGGGACUUAGAGAACCAGAUGCACAUCGCGGAGCAGCGGAGGAGAACCCUGCUGAAGGACUUCCACGACACCUAGGCGGGACGGGGCGUGCCGGAGUGAGGACGACGUGGUCGCGAGGCCUCCCGGCUGCCGCGCUGCAUGCUGCAGGCUCCGCCUCUCACGACCCGGGCAGCAGCCAGGGCCCCACCCGAGAGACACUGGCCACACUCCUCCUAGUCAACUUCUGUUUCGUUCUCACCUUUUGCUUUUUGUUUCUUGGCCUCUUCAGGAUUUUUGAUUCCCCCUGGAUGGUUGUUGGGAGGGAGGGAAAGUUUUUUCUGAAUGACUAUUAAUAAUAGUAUUAGAUCAUUACAACUUAUGUAAUUUUCAAAGGUUGUACAAUUAUACAAAAAAGGCAAACCAACUCUAGAAUUACACAGAACCCUUUUUAAAAAUAAAUUGGCAUUGGAGUGUUUCACCCUCUAGCUAAUUUCCUGAGAAGGUAGCACAGGCUGCCCGCCCGCCCUGUCCGCCCUGCCUCCGGGUGCACCAUGGUGGGCUUCAGGGCAGCCUCCGCCUCCAGACUCGCUUGGGGCUUGGCCGCGGCCGGCCUCCUGAGGGGGAGCCCGGGUGGCAGCGGGGGACUGGAGUUCGCCUGUGCAGCGGGCCGGCACACGGGGAGCCGUAUCACGCCUCCUGCCUGUUCCGUACAGACCCUUUGGGUCGGGUGCGCCUCCCCGCCGUGGCAAUGAGGGGACAGUGCAGAACAGGGUCUUGCCACGUGGUGUCUGAGCGUCUCCGGGGGCGCUGCUUGUCAGUGGGCUCGUCUCUAUUCUUGAAGGUGAGGCUCCCUGGGCCAGAGCCCACGGCAGCACGUAGGCGGGCUUGUGCCCUCCCGACCGGGGACGGGCAUGCGGCACGGCAUUUCCUUUUGUCUCCUGAAGAGAGACAUCGCUUUCAGAGGGAACUGUUCCCCCAAACAAGUUGGUUUAGCCGCGGCCUCUCCCUUCGUGCCGGUGCUCAGGUGUGUGUCCCUGGCCAGGCCCGCUCGCGGCCGCCCUGACGCUGUCCUGCCGCUCUCCCCGGGGGCUUCAGGGCCGGCGUGUGGCGUGGCCCUGCAAGGGCACUUGUCUUCCUGGCUCAGGACGCUUGUUUGCACAGGUGGUUUUCGUGUUGCCUGGGGUGUGCCCGGAGGUGCUGUGGGGCUUGGGUGCUCCCCCCUUGGUCUGACGCCAGGUGUUGGAGGCCACUGCGCCUGGGGCCUGGGAGCCUGAGGCCAGGACGGUCCUGAGUUUGUGGUCCCAGCACCGUAGGGGGAGGGGCUGGCCAGGCGAGAGGGCCAGGUGUUGCCCUGUUGACCCCAGCAGAGUGAAUGACUGGUUUGUGUGCUGUCUCGCUUUCCUGCACUUGGCCCCGUGGGCCUUUGAGAAGUUAGGAAGUCUGUCCUCCUCGGGGUGUUGUGGCUUUGUCCAGGGCCUCCACCCUGAGGCUGGCGGAGCUGCCCGUGCCCGGCAGAGCGCCAGGGACCUCCUGGAAAAGCUGCGUGGGAGACGUGAGAGUGCCGCGUGGGGAGUUCUUGGGUAGUCAGACGUUUCCACCUCAGUCCCCCGAGGACCAUGGUUGUGACCUGAAUUACUCUCAAAAAGAUAGGGGACAGCUGUGACUCCGGGGGUCGUGGGUCCAUGGCUGGAGGCAGGCCCCUGCUCAGGUUUUGUCUCUUCCCGCCAUCUCUCGCAAGGGAGGGCCUGGGGCGGGGUGGGGAGGGCAAGUUAGGAGUGCAGCCAGUGGGCCCCGGUGUGGGGGCGGUGGGGAGCUCGCUGUGAGGAGUGUGCCUGCUGUGGCCCGGGGUGGGGGCGGGUGCUUUGUGGGCACACGGACGACCCCAGAAUCUCAGCUGUCCGUCCAUCCUUCUGUGUGCCGCCAUGGCCCAGGACCUGAGUCGCAGCUCCGCGCCGUCACUCCCGGGGCGUCUCUGGGCAUCGUGUGGCCUGCACAGCUGCGGUGUGCUGCACCGGCGUCCCACGUGGUCCCAGCCCUGGCACUGCAGGAGGUGCGGGGCCGGACCACAGCCCCACAGCCUGUAGCCCUGGACCUGUGGACAGUUCCUUCUCCCAGCUCCCCCCCCCCCCCCCCCCCCCCGUCCUAAAUGGAAAGCUCAGGCAGAAUUUUACCUACAAAGGACGGAAGGUAAAGAAGGCACUGUGUUUUCAUGAAUUUUCCAUAUAUCUUUGUUUUCUUCAAAGAAAAAGUUGAGGUAAUGUCUGCUCAAAGUUGAGUAGUUUAUUCAAAAUAAACUGUUUCUGAUUA